AUGGUGCAGCCCGUCAACCUCAUCUUCAGAUACUUGCAAAAUAGAUCUCAAAUUCAGGUGUGGCUGGAUGAGCAAGUGAAUAUGUGGCUAGAGGGCUGUAUUACUGGUUUUGAUGAGUACAUGGACCUCAUAUCAGAUGAUGGAGAAGAGAUUCAUUCUAAAACAAAGUCAGGAAAACAACUGGAUUAG